GAUGGCUACCGCUGCAGUCAAUGGAUCAUUGUGUUUGUGUUGAUGUUGAAUCAAAAUAGUGCCAUUUUAUGUAUGGAAAAUCAAGUUUUUGGACUUUCGGGGACAUUAUUUUGUGCGGUACGGCUUAAUUGUUCAGUUUUACAGAAAUUUGUGCCUGUUUUAUUUGGAAAAUGAGGUAGGUGACAAUACAAUGCUGAGGAUAAAUUUUGUUCCAGGAUAAGUUCCCAGGCAUCCGAUAUGCUCGAGUGACACAGCUGUCAACUUGUGACACCGUUGCCCUAAAACCGUCGUCCUGUCGUCGUUGACAUCCGUCCUGUUGCCAUGGGUAACAGUUGCUGUUGCUGCGGGAGCAGCCACUCUCCUCCAGAGCGCCUGCCGAGUCUGAAAGGAACAACAAAUAAAAUUUCACGCUAUCCCACCCAAAACAUAAAUUCGUACCCGGAAAUCAGGAAACCAACGCCUCUGGUGCCGACGCCAGUCGUCGUAAAGCCUCCCACCAAGCAAUUGUCACAGACGCCCAUCAAGCCCAGGAUCGUGGUCGCCCUUUACAGUUACGAUGCCAGGGAUACGCAGGAUUUGUCGUUCAAGAAAGGCGAUAGAAUGGAGGUACUUAACGACAGUGAUCCUGACUGGCUAUUCGUUGAACACUUACAGACCAAAUUGAAGGGCUAUAUUCCGGGUAAUUUUGUAGCACCUGAACUUAGCGUAGAAAGCGAGGAUUGGUUCUUCGAGAACAUCUCCCGCAAAGAGGCUGAAAAAUUAUUGCUGGGAGAUGAGACGCAACCCCGAGGAACUUUCCUCAUCCGUCCUUCAGAGCACAACCCCAACGGGUAUUCGCUGUCCGUCAAGGAUUGGGAAGACCACAGAGGUUACCAUGUAAAGCACUACAAAAUAAAACCUUUAGAUAAUGGCGGAUUUUAUAUUUCAACAAACAAGACGUUUGACAGCCUUCCAGAAUUAGUGCUUGCGUAUUCCAAAAAUGCAUAUGGAUUAUGUCACGUAUUGUCCAAACCUUGUCGAAAACCAGAACCGAAUUUAUGGGACUUAGCCCCUACUUAUAGAGAUAGAUGGGAAAUUCCAAGGGACGAAAUACAGCUUGACAGACGAUUGGGACGUGGUAAUUUUGGUGAAGUGUAUUAUGGCAAAUGGCGAAAUCAGUACGAAGUAGCAGUAAAGACUCUUAGAGAAGGAACCAUGUCUACGCAAGCCUUUUUAGCAGAAGCGGCCAUAAUGAAGAAAUUCCGACAUAAACGAUUGGUCGCCCUCUACGGCGUCUGCAGCGAACAAGAACCAAUCUACAUCGUCCAAGAGUACAUGUCCAAAGGCAGCCUGCUCGACUUCCUACGCAAAGACGAGGGCAAACUCCUGGAAUUCGAAGACUUGAUCUACAUAGCGUUCCAAGUGGCCAGCGGCAUGGAGUACCUCGAGUCCAAGCAGCUGAUCCACAGAGACCUAGCCGCCCGUAACGUACUCAUCGGCGAGAACAACAUCGCCAAAAUCUGCGACUUCGGCUUGGCUCGGGUCAUCGAAGACAACGAGUACUGUCCGAAACAGGGAUCGCGAUUCCCCGUAAAAUGGACCGCUCCAGAAGCCAUAGUUUACGGAAAAUUCUCCAUCAAAUCCGACGUGUGGUCGUACGGAAUCUUGCUGAUGGAACUGUUCACUUAUGGUCAAGUUCCGUACCCGGGGAUGCACGGGCGGGAAGUUAUUGAGCUGUUGGAACAAGGUUAUAGAAUGCCUAAACCUCCGUCUCAUUCGCUGCCCGACGAAAUCUACCAGAUCAUGCUGAAAUGCUGGGACGCGAUACCGGAAAAGAGACCCACCUUUGAAUUCCUCACGCACUACUUCGAGCGGUUCAACAUCACUAGUGAAGUUCCUUACAGGGAGGUGCCCGAUUAAAGAAUCGAUCGCCCGAGUUCGGUGGCUUCUUAGAGUGAUUUUUCGCCAAAAAAAUAUGUUUUUUGUUUCGUUUUUUUUUCUACAAGCUGGUUGCGAACUGUAUUCCGGAAACUUCGGCAGCAUAUUCUGC